UCAGUCUUUUGCCCAGAGGCUUCAGCUCCGAGUUCCCUCCAUGGAGUCUUUGUUCCAAAGCCCAGUAAAAGAGUCCCUGUUCCGCUCUUCUUCUAAGGAGUCCUUGGUACGAACUUUUUCAAGAGACUCCUUGAAUCGACUGGACUUGGAUGCAGCCAAUCCCACCUUUGAUCCACCUUCCGACACUGAAAGUGAAACAGAAGAGCCUGUGGGAAAUAUGGACAGUCUCAGCAAAGAGCAGCUGCUGCAGCGACUGCGCAGAAUGGAGCGCAGUCUGGGCAACUACAGGGGAAAAUACUCUGAGCUAGUGUCUGCUUAUCAAAUCAUCCAGCGGGAGAAGAAGAAGCUACAGGGCAUUCUGAGUCAAAGUCAGGAUAAAGCACUUCGCAGAAUUGGAGAACUGAGAGAGGAGCUCCAGAUGGAUCAACAAGCAAAGAAGCAUCUCCAAGAGGAAUUUGAUGCUUCCUUAGAAGAAAAGGAUCAACUUAUUAGUGUCCUGCAAACUCAGGUAUUGUUGCUGAAACAGAGGUUACAGAAUGGUCAGAUAAGCACAGAAUUGCCUGAUCAAAAUAUCCAAUCUGAACAACAAGUUCAAAGUCCAACGAAAGAAAUCAGUACAGAAAAUAAUGUGGAACCAGGAAGCAAUGAGAGUAAUGAAGACUCUGUUAAAACACUGGAAACUCUUAAUCAGAGGAUGAAGCGCCAAGAGAACUUGCUGCAACGCUGCAAGGAGAUGAUUCGGUCACAUAAGGAGUGCUGUGCCCAAUUAACCAAUGAGAAAGAGGCACUUCAAGAACAGUUAGAAGAGAGGCUUCAGGAACUGGAGAAAAUGAAGGACCUUCACAUGGCUGAGAAGGCUAAACUGAUUACACAGCUGCGUGAUGCAAAGAACUUGAUUGAGCAGCUAGAACAAGACAAGGGUAUGGUAAUUGCAGAGACAAAGCGACAAAUGCAUGAAACACUGGAAAUGAAGGAGGAGGAAAUAGCCCAACUGCGUGCACGGAUCAAACAAAUGACUACAAAAGGCGAGGAAUUAAAAGAACAGAAAGAAAAAUCUGAAAGAGCUGCUUUUGAAGAGCUUGAGAGGGCACUAAGCAUUGCCCAAAAGACAGAGGAAGCCCGGAAAAAAUUGCAGGCAGAAAUGGAUGAAAAAAUCAAAGCAGUAGAAAAGGCAAGUGAGGAAGAGAGGGUAAAUCUUCAACGGGAGUUAACGAGAGUGAAACAAGAGGUGGUUGAGAUUAUGAAGAAGUCUUCAGAGGAACGUGUUUCUGAACUAGAAAAAUGCCAUAAAAAAGAAAUGGCUACCAAAGAUCAGGAGCUAAAUGAGAGAUUACAGGCCCAAGAAGAGGCAUUCCAGGAGAAGAUGAAAGCAGUUCUUGAAAAAAAUCAGAGUGAGUGUUUAAAAGCCCUUCAAGAAAAAGAGCAGCAAGAAUCCCUAGCCUUAGAGGAAUUAGAGCUACAGAAGAAAGCUAUACAGUCAGAAUGUGACAAGAAAGUUCAGGAGAUGCAUCAAGAAGUAGAGACUUUUAGAACUAGAAUUCUUGAACUGGAAAGCUCUCUUGCCAAAUAUUCCCAAGAUGAUAGAAAGCAAUCAGAGGAAUUAAGUACUUGGAUGGAGUCUGAAAAAAAGCAGCACAAUAAGGAAAUUAAUGAUAUAGUUGAAAAACACAAGAAAGAAUUGGAGUAUAUGAAACAGCAGCAGGAGAAGCUUUGGACAGAAAAACUUCAAAGCUUAAAGCAACAACAAGUAACUGAAAUAGAAAAAAUGAAAAAGAAACAGGAACAGGAGAUAGAGACAAUUUUGAAAGAGAAAGAAACAGUUUUCCGUGCACACAUAGAAGAGAUGAAUGAAAAAACAUUAGAAAAACUUGAUGUGAAACAAACAGAAUUAGAAGCACUAUCUUCUGAGCUAUCAGAAGCACUAAAAAUACGUUGUGAGUUAGAACAAGAAGUCUCAGAAUUGACUAGAAAAGUAUGUGAAGCAAAGCAAGAAUUGGAAGGAAAGUUGGAAGAAGAGAAGAAUCGCUACAAUAAAGAGGUUGAAAUGAUGUUAAAAGAGCAUGAAAUGGCUAUUCAAUGUGUUGAGAAGGUACUCAGAGAGGAACUCAACAAACUCAAGCAAUUAUUGGAGGAGAAAGACAGACUUCUGGAGAAACUAAAAGCACAUGAGCAGAAACUAAAGGAAUCUGCAGAAACAUCUGAAGCUGAACUUGUUCAAGUGUCUGAGUGUUUGGAAGAGCAAAGCAAUGAAAAUACACAAAAAGUAACCUCUCUAACACAACAAUAUGAAUGUCAUCUGAAGGAUCUACAAAGAGAAGCUGAUGAGAGAAAGACAAAUCUAACUGAGAAGGAAAAUGAAAUUGAACACAUGAAGAAGUUACAGAACAAGGAAGUAGGAGAGCUUGAACAGAAAGUGUUAGCCGCAGAGGAGAAAAUUAGUGCUUUACAAGAAGAAUAUGAAAGUAAACUGAAACGUCAGGAGAACAAAAUUGAGAAAAUCAAACAGAAAUCAAAAGAUAUGCAAGAAACUUUCAAAAAGAAACUUGCUGAGCAGGAGGCUAAACUAAAAAAAGAGCUUGAAAACAAGCAAUUAGAGUUCAAUCAAAAAGAGAGUGAAUUCAAUGCUGAAAUGUUGGAAAUGGCACAUGCCAGCUCAGCCAGAAUCAAUGACGCUGUGUCAAAACUGGAAUCUAAUCAGAAGGAGCAACUAGAGAGUCUUGCUGAGGCUCAUAGGAGGGAGUUGGAAGAAAUUACCCAGAGUUGGGAAAAGAAACUCAAUCAGCAGGUUGAAGAGCUCCAGGAAAAACAUGAAAUGGAACUGCAAGAAAAAGAACAGGAAGUUGGAGACCUGAAACAGAAACUUGCCACUUUCAGUGCUGAGAAGGAGGGGUCCAGAACAGAAAUAACUCGACUAAAGGAAGAACAGAUGAAAAGGGAAGAGUCCCUGAAGGACUUGCGAGAACAACUAAGGCAGUCAGUGGCUAAGGUGAAUGCUUUGUCAAAUAAAGAAAGUGACCUGAAAACACAGUUGAACAAGUUGGAAGAUGAUCUUAAUCAAUCCCUGAAAGAGCAGUCAGGACUUAAGGAACAGCUCAGUAAACAGAAAGCAGUUGAAGAAAAUGACAAAGCCAAAAUUACUGAGCUGGCUGAUACACUAAAAACACUUGAAGCGAAACUCCAAAGUGUGCAGUCUUCCCAGUAUAAAGAUCAUGAAAAUUAUGAGAAAAAAAUAGAGGCAGUUCAGCUAAAAGAAACGAAGUUUAGAAGUCAGUCUGUAGAGCUUGCAGCCCAGUUGGAUGCUUAUUGGAAGAAUGCUGAAGCUUUAUUGCAAACAAAAAGCAAUGAAUUGAUUGAAAAAUGUAAUGAAAAAAUUGGCAUAGUAACAUGCAAAAUUGUAGAUUGUGAGCACCGAACUGCAAAAGUUAAAGAAGCUGUAUUAAUUAAAACAAGUAAGAUUUCUGAACUAGAAGCUCAACUUAGAGAAGUAACAGAGCAUCAUUCUGCGUCAAGUACUUCUUUGCAAAAGUCAAUGCAAGAGCUGCAAGAGAAGGAUAAUUUAAUUAUGUCCAUGAAAGCUGACAUUGAAGGACUUGUAACUGAAAAGGAACAAUUGCAGAAAGAGGGAGGGCAUCAGCAGCAAGCAGCAUCGGAAAAAGAAACUUGGAUAACACAGCUGAGGAAAGAGUUAUCUGAAAAUAUCAAUGCUGUUACCUCAAUGAGGGAGGAACUCCAGGAAAAAGAAUCCGAGAUCUCUGCUCUUAACAGAACAAUUCUUGACCUUAAUGUUAGACUUGAAAGCAUGGUAAGUUUAACAGAUAAGGAAGCAGCCAUAUCUCUGUUAAGCAAGCAACAUCAAGAGGAUCAGUUGCAGUUGCUAAGCCAGGUACAGGAGUUAUCAUCCAUAGUUGAGAUGCUGAGUCAAGAAAAAGCAUCAGCUCUUGAGCAGGUAGAUCAUUGCACAGGCAAGCUGUCAGAGUGGAAGAUGAAAGCACAAACCAGGUUUACACAAAAUCAUGACACUAUUAAAGAUUUGCAGAGCAAACUUGAAUUAAGCAAUAUUGAAGCCAAUAAAAAAGAUGAAGAGCUAAAUAAACUGAAGGAGCAGCUGGCUAAACAAAGCAAGAAUCUUGAUAGCUUAAAAAGUGAAUUAGAACAAAAGCAAAACAAGAGGGAAAAGCAAGAAAGUGAGUUAACUGCAAAGUUAAAAAUCCAAGCAGCAAGAAUUACUGAACUAGAAGAACAUAUUGCUCAGAAAACUUCAGAAAAUUAUUCCUUGAUGGAGGAACUUAAGAAGUAUAAUGAACAAAAAGAUUCAGAGCAAAAAGAGAUAGCUUGGCAACUGCAGCAGGCAGAGAAGGUGGCUUCUGAAAAGGACAACAGAUUUAAGGAGGCUGAAGAAAAAGUGCUUAAUCUUGAGAAGCAAAUAGGUUCACUGAAAGCUGAUUUUGAAGCAAAGGAGAGGGAAUUUGACCAAAUAAAGUCAGCAAUGCUUAAAAGCAAAGAGGAAGAAUUGAAAGAAUUAGCAGAGAGACUGAGUGCAGAAAACAACACUAAGCUGGCAGAUUUGAAAAAGAAGGCAGAGCAAAAAAUUGGGUCUAUUAAAAAGCAACUGCUGUCUCAGAUGAAAGAAAAGGAGCAGCAAUUUAAGCAAGAUAGAGAAAAUCAGUUAAGAGACUUGGAACAAAAAGUACAGGAGAGAGAAGCCAAAAUUGAGUCCUUAGAAGAAAAAAUUAAGUCAACAAGAGAUUCCACAGAACUAGAGAAAGAAAUGCUGCAAAAAGUAGAGAGUGUAAAAGCUGCUUUAGAACAAGAAAAAAAUAACAUGCUCCAGAGUGUCCAAAAGACGUAUGAAGAGAAAAUGCUCCUCGUACAGAAGGGCUUAACUGAAAAAGAUGAAUUGUUGCAGAAGUAUGAAAAGGAACUACAAGAGAGCAAUGACUAUCGACUUGAACUGCAGAACAAACAGGAAGAGCUCCUUAAAAAACUAGAAUGGGUUGAGAAGAGCCAUCAGGAGGGGCAGAGUAGGACUGAAAGUCUCAGGAAAGAACUUGAGGAGCAAACCAAAAAAUACUCACUGUUAGCAGAUGAACAUGCUCGUUGUGGUGGUGACUUAGCCAGCACUAGCGAAGGGUUAAAAGCUGAAGAACAAAAACACUUAGAUAUGGAGCAUGUAAUUGGAGAUUUCCAGAAAAAAUUGCAGGAAAAGGAGGCAGUCAGUCAGUCUUUAGAACAGAAGAUAAAAAAGUUGGAAAAUGAUCUAGUGAAGGAAAAUGAAGUCCGUAAGUUAGAGAGGGAGGAUAUGAGUUUGAGAUAUGAAGAAAAGCUAAAAAGUUUACAGGAGCAGUUGGAUGAAAGAAAUGACAGUCUGAAAGCUUUUGAGGAAAAGGUUGAAGAAAAAGCUAAAUCUGGUUUGGAGCUGCAGAAGUUACUGGGUGAUCUGCAGAAUCAGAAGAAGGACUUGCAGACUAAACUAGAUGACACUGAAAGGGAGAAACAGAAACUACGCAAAGAAGUGAAUAAUCUUCAAAAAGACUUACGCGCUCUGCGAAAAGAACAUGAGCAGGAGCUUGACAUAGUAAAGAAGGAGUCCUUAGAAGAAAUGGACCAGAAAAUCAGGUGUGAACAAGAAGACAUUUUGUUAAAGCACAACUCCACCUUAAAGCAGUUAAUGAGAGAGUUCAAUACUCAGCUGGCUCAAAAAGAAAGAGAACUGGAAACAGCAGUAAAAGAGACAAUCAGUAAAGCCCAGGAGGCAGAAGCUGAAUUGAUAGAAAAUCAUCACAUAGAGACAACACAGUUGCAUAAAAAAAUUGCUGAAAAAGAGGAUAAUCUGAAAAGAACUGUGGAAAAAUAUGAAGAAAUCCUUGAGGCUCGUGAAGAAGAGAUGACGACAAAAGUUCAUGAGUUGCAGACACAGCUAGAAGACUUGCAAAAGGAAUAUAAACAAAGGAUGACUGAAGAGGAACGUUGGAACCGUGAAAAAGUCACAAUAACAGAACUUCAGGCACAGCUUGCACAGAAGACAACACUAGUCAACGAUUCGAAACUGAAAGAGCAGGAGUUCAAAGAGCAGAUUCAUGUACUGGAAGACCAGCUGAAAAAUUACGAGAAGAAUAUGUACGUCACAUCAGUUGGAACACCAUACAGAGAUGGAAACCUUCACCAUACUGAUGUUUCGCUCUUUGGGGAGCCUACUGAGUUUGAAUACUUGAGGAAAGUGCUCUUUGAAUAUAUGAUGGGUCGUGAGACAAAGACAAUGGCCAAGGUUAUAACAACAGUGCUGAAGUUCCCAGCAGAUCAGACUCAGAAGAUACUAGAACGAGAAGAUGCUCGACCAUUGUUUGCCUCACCUCGCAGUGGUAUCUUCUGAAUAUCCCAUCAGUCUGUGCUUAGUUAGCAUGUGGUUGUGGCUACGACCAUCUUGAAGAAAUUUUGGUGAGAAUAUCUCUUGACACUGCUGCUUAGAAAUAUGUUUGUCUGUGGUGUUGUCCCUUGAGAAGGGACAUGAAGAAAAGCUGUUAUUCAAGGUCAUAAAUGGAACAGCAAGAACAAAAAUUCAGCACCACUUUUGGACCAUGAAUAUAGUUAAAACUGCCUUCACAAGAAAUGCUAAUCAGGAGUCGUCUGAUGAUGAGUCUUUUUUCUCUUCUAUUGAACACUAUCUUCUAUUUUGUGUUAAAGGUUAUUUUUUUAAAGGAGAGAAAAGACUUUAUCCUAGGAAGGAAUUGCCCACUACUGUAUCUCUAUACAGGCUUUAUUGGGUGUUUUUUUUAAAGAGUUGACAUAAGUGGUUUGUUGUUUCUAUUUAUUUUUUUAUUUUUGAAUGAAUUGUGCAAUACAUUUUUGGAUGGGUAGCAGUUGGGUAGCGAUUUUCCUGAUGGGCUAGGCACUCUUGAUGACUACUCUCUUGAAUUGAUCUUAUGAUUGUUUGCUAAAGGUCACUUCUAUAUGCUUUUGCCUACAAUAAAUCAAAAUUGCAGUACCUCAUUUGUUUAUUCCUAACUUUUGUACUUGUUUUUUCUGGAGAAAAAGUACAUUACUGUAAAUUGUAAAUAGUUAAUACAUAACUGUAUUAUAUGCUGCUCUAUGACUGUUGACAGCACUAAUCUGACGAGCUGAGAUGAAAUAAAGUUUAUUUACUGUAUAA